AUGGAUUUGAAGUCGAUACUGUCCCCAUCGGCUGAAGAGAAGCCUAAGCUGCGGAAGCAGUCCUCAUCGACCUCCCAACCCACCACGCCCGCAGUCGCACCUGCUGCUCCUCAUCGUCACCCGCAGGCUCAUUCACAUUCGCGCUCUCCCACCUCCACGCCUUCCCAACCCACACAACCGCCCGCACCGCAUAAGUUCCUCGAGAGGGCGCAAUCUGGUCCCUCGCUACCCUCCAACCGCGCAAAACAUGGUGCUGGAGCCUCACCACUGUCGCAAGCACCUCUGACCUCACUGCCCACCCAUGUCUUGAGUCCACACUCGCACUCGUCCUCCUCCCCACUGAUUUCUCCGGUGCCCGCUACACCAGGGACACCUCAUGCCGCGCAACGCUCACACUCGACCCAGUCAAUGGACACAUUGGCCGAUCUAGCUUCCAUGCAAUCACAUCAACCUUCACGACCAGCUGCGACGCCUUUACAACACUCCUCCUACGAGAGUGUGAGAUCACACGAUUCUUCGAGCCGCAUGACCCUAGCUCAAACCUCUCUCACAUCCAAUCCGAGAGCUUCGUUCGACAUCAAUAUGCUGGACACUGCACAUCAUGCGAAACGGACUGAUUUCAGCACCACAAGCCUCCCAGCAGACAAGAAAGAGAGACUCGCUGAGCUAAGCAGCCUUCUGGCAGAAACCCCGUCCGCCUACGAGUCGCAUGUUGAGCUGAUCACUAUCUUACACCAUGCUUUCAUGGACCACAUCUUUCCCACCUCUUCCGAUGGCGCCAUCCUGCCCAAGCAAGACCCUGCUUCCUUCGAGCUGUUGGCCGAGCUUAGGGAUGCUCGCUCGAGCAUGGAGAAGUUAUUCGCUGUAGGAGAAACCAUAUGGCUGGAAUGGUUGCAGGACGAAAGCAUGCUUGCUCGCACCACUGAGGAGCGUAUCGACGUCAUCGAAAAGUGCAGAAAAGCUGUGGCUGAUGAGGUCGGCAGCAGCAGAUUAUGGGCAACAUACGGCGAUUGGGUUCUGGAGUGUUAUCGAUGGGCUAGUGAGGGUACAGGUUCUGACAGCAUUGAUGAAGACAGGCUCGUUGGCAAGGAGGUUUUCACUUUCGCUAUGGUUCUCGAAACCUGGCAGGAAGGUGUCGAUAGCACAAAGCUCGACCUCGCCACCAGCCAUCUCGUCUGGAACAAAUACAUCAAUCUGCGUAUAGCUGAGUUCAAGAACGACAUCUCCAAGGAGCAAGCUACAUUGAUCCUGGGUUUGUUUGAGCAACGCUUGCGACAGCCACACGUGGCCUCCGAUCUAACCAAGCAGGUCUUGUCUACUUUCAUGAACAACCAUUUCUCCCAGGAUCAAUACUUCGAAAUCAUGGAGGACACCGCUCGUAUAAUGAAAGAUGCUCUCAAGGCCCUAGAAGAGCGUUCUUUCUACGAAGCCAAAAUUGAACAGGCUCAAAACGGUGACGACCGGACGGCUGAAUAUGAAGCCUUUACCACGUAUAUCGAGUGGGAGAAGACUCCAGCCAAGCGCAAGAGACUCGACUUUGAAAUCUGUAAUGCUCUUUACCAACGAGCCGAAUUAAGAUUCCCUGCCGACUCGAAUUUAUGGGAUGACCAUGUAGCCUUUGUACUUGAGAAUGCUAGGCCUUCGCUCAACCUUCUAGAGCGUGCUUGCAGGCAUUGUCCCUGGUCAGGCAGUCUAUGGUCUCAGUCUCUACUGUCUUCGGAUCGCCAAGGUCAAUCUUACGAGGCGACUGAAAGUAUCAAACACAAAGCCACCAGUACAGGCGUCUUAGAAGCUGCUGGUAUAGCUGAAGUUCUAAAGGUACAUGCCGCAUGGUGCAGCUACUUGAGACGUCGCGCAUUCAAGCCUGACCAUGACGAGGAUGACCAGGAUAUCGCCGAGAUUGGUAUCAAAGCCUCUAUGGAAAAUAUAGGCAGUCUGGGCGUCAAAAUUGGUCUUGGCGAUCGGCCUGAUCCAUCGUUUCGUUUACAGCGCAUCUACAUCAAUUACCUUAGCGAAUGCGGUAAAUGGGAUAACGCGAGGCGCGAGUUCGAUGACGCUGUAAGAGAUUAUGGCAGAUCAUGGCAGUUCUGGCUACGUUUCUAUUACUGGGAGAUGAAGCGCUGGCGGAGAUUUGCUUCCAAGGCUGAAGAUGGUGAGGCACUCGCUAAUGCUUCUGCACCACAUUUUGCUACAGCUGUGCUCAAGCAGGCUCUUGACCAAGAAGGACUGGAUUAUCCUGAACCGAUAAUGGAAGCCUUCGUGAAUCAUUGCGAGGACUAUGAGGAUGCUGAUGAAUUGCAAGCUUGUCUUUUGAAGGUACGCCGCAUCGAAAAAGUUCUGGCAGCAAGGAGACAAAUUGAAGCUAUACAAACUGCGCAAGCAGCCGCUGCCCAACAAGCACAAGCCACUGAAGAUGUUGAUCAAGAGUCGCGACCUCCGUUAACGAAGCGAAAACGAGACCUUUUUGAUAGCGAGGAGACAUUGUAUGAAGGUUUCAAGAAGAGCAAAACCGAGGAAGAUGCGAUCGAAACAGUAGAACAGACCCAGCCAGAAAACCCCAAGCGUGAUCGUGAGCAUGCUACUAUUCUUGUCGAAAAUCUACCUGAGAAGGUAGGUGAAGCCAGGAUCCGACAAUAUUUCAGCACUUGCGGUACUGUCAAGGCCCUCAAAAUGCUGGAGAAUGGUACCAGGGCGACCGUUGAAUUUGACGACGAUCAAGCAGCUCGGUACGCGUUGUCACGUGAUGGCCAGGAGUUUAACGGCUCGAUUUUAGCAGUUGUACUUGACACUGGCUCUACCGUCUUCGUCACAAACUAUACUCCUGAAACCGGAGAGACUGAGAUACGCGAUCUUCUAAGUCCCUACGGAGAAAUUAUCAAUGUCCGACUUCCAUCAUUACAAGGCAACAAGAAACGAAGAUUCUGCUACGUUCAAUUCAAGCUGCCAGCUGAAGCACAAAACGCGGUUAACAACCUAGAUGGCAGAGAAAUCAAAGGACUGCCACUGACUUGCAAGGUCUCCAACCCCGCAAUCAAAAAAGAAAGGCUGGAAAUCAAGGUUAAUGAUGGCCGCACUAUAUUCAUUGGAGGGCUUAAUUUCAAACUCAAAGAAAGUGAAGUCGAGACAGAGUUCGCGAAAUACGGUAAGAUCGAGCUUGUUCGUAUGCCUCUACAUGAGACUAUGAAGAGCAGGAACAAAGGUAUUGCUUUUAUCACAUACUCCACACGCGAAGAAGCACAAGCCGCUUUGGAGAUGAAUGAGACGGAAUUGAAAGGCCGUCCUCUGAAAGUUGAGAUCGCAACAGACAAUCAGGCAAAAUCGACAAGACGUGGCUCUUCUGCCUUGCCAAACACAAACCUCAAUGGUAGCAGGACGAUUCGCCGAUCUACGUCACCCGCUUCCGUGUCUGCAGCAGCUUCAACAGAACCGAGAUCUGAACGUACCAUUUUCCUCGCCUCAGUUCCAGAUACAAUCAGCGAAGCUCGUCUUCGAAGUAUAGCAUCUAAGCACGGAGAAGUUGUCAAAGUCAUACUCAAGACAAACCAUCAAGGUGCACUCAUCGAGUACAACACCAUAGCUCAAGCCGGCGAAGCAAGUCUCGGAUUCGACGGCUACGAGAUUGCGCCCGGCCGCAACAUCCGAGUCGUCAGCGAACAAGAGAUGAAAACACACGGCCCGGAGAAGAAAGUUGAGACUUUUGCAAAGACGAAUGCUAAACCAAAGACAACGACAAACGUAAUCCCAAUGUCUGCGAGCAGCGGGUUUGUGAAGAGGCCAGCACAAGCAGGGACUAGGCCCAAGAAAGGAGGAAACCUUGGUCAGAGAAACGUGAUUGUACAAGCGAGAUCGCAAGAGACGAAUGGUCAUGCUUCUGGAGCGGAUACAUCGAGCGAGAAUAUAAAGAAAUCUAAUGCUGAUUUUAGAGCUCUGGUCACGAGGAACAGCAGUACCAAAGCGAGCGAGGAAGAGACAAGCAAGAUGCAGGAAUAG